AUGCUAGGAGACGAAGCCACUAGUCUUUAUAUCAUCAGUGCUGGAAUCUUAGGCUUGGUGUUCGGAAUUUACAAUAUCAUGAUGCUUACAAGAGUUCCAGUAGGAGAAGCUGGCAACUAUCAUCGAAAUGAUCCUCGAUAUCUCAAAGACAUCAUCGGUGUCAAAACAGAACGCGUCCAACGCACCAACAAGCGAACAGGCGAAGUCGAAUGGAUCGAAGAAGAAGCUGGCCUUUACCACGAAAACUGGGAUCAAGUCGUUUACACUUUAACUCGCAUUUCUCAAGCAGUCUCAGACGGUGCACGAGCCUUUUUGAUGGAAGAGUACAAGAUUUUGACUGUUUUCAUCGUAAUUUUCUCAGUUAUCAUCGCAGUCCUCGUCGAAGAAGAACUUGGACAGUUUUGGACAGUUUUCGCAUUUGUCCUUGGCGCUACUACAAGUAUCGCCAGUGGCUACAUUGGCAUGAGAGUUGCCGUCUUUUCUAACUCCAGAUGUGCUUAUUCAGCCAUUAACAGAGAAAACGGCCUUGCCAACGCUUUUAUUGUCGCAUUUAGAGGAGGUGCAGUCCUUGGCUUUGUCCUGACUUCAUUAGGCCUUCUUAACUUACUUAUGUUAAUUUGGCUUUAUACCACAAUUUACCUAGGCGAAGAAUACGAUAAUGAGGAUAUCAGACACAUGUACGAGUGCAUUGCUGGAUAUGGACUUGGAGGGUCUACAAUUGCCAUGUUCGGAAGAGUCGGUGGAGGAAUUUUCACAAAGGCAGCUGAUGUAGGAGCUGAUUUGGCUGGAAAAGUCGAGGAAGGACUAGAAGAAGACGACCCAAGAAAUGCAGCAACUAUUGCUGAUAAUGUAGGAGACAACGUCGGAGAUAUUGCAGGUAUGGGCUCUGAUUUGUUCGGAAGCUUCGCUGAAAGCACUUGCGCUGCACUUGUGGUGGCUGCCACAUCUGUUGAGUUGAAUUCUACUAUGUGCUCGUUGCUGUAUCCACUUUUGAUAUCAGCUACAGGGAUUGCUGUGAGCUUUGUUACAAGUUUCUUUGCAACAAAUGUCAUGAAAGUAGACAGUGAAGACAAAAUUGAAAAAACCUUAAAAUACCGGUAAAAUUAUGACAAUUUUUAAAUUUUUUUAAUAAAUUAUUAUACUUUUCAUGAUAAAUAUGGAAUUUUUAAAAUAGAAAAUCCGGUAUUAUUGAUAAAGAGUAUAAAAAAAUAAAAAAAAAAAUUUUUAAAAUACCAACUUGUGAUUUCCACAGUCCUAUUGACCCCAGCUCUUUACUUCUUGACUCUUUAUGUACUCCCAGAAGACUUUACCUUCAUUAGAGGUGAUGAAGUUAUCCAAAGCAAGAACACUUAUGCAUUUAUCUGCUUGGCCUUUGGACUUUGGUCUGGAUUAAUUAUUGGCUACGUCACUGAAUAUUUCACCUCUUACGCUUAUACACCAGUCAAAGAAGUCGCUGAAAGCUGCAGAACUGGAGCUGCCACAGAUAUUAUUUAUGGAUUAGCUUUAGGAUACCUUUCAUGCAUUAUCCCAACCAUUUGUUUGGCUGUUACUAUUUAUGUAGCCUUCUACUUUGCAAGUAUGUACGGGAUUGCUUUGGCCGCCCUUGGAAUGCUUUCAAACUUGGCUUUGGCCCUUGCUAUUGAUGGAUAUGGACAGUAUGUGGUAUUUAUAUCACAAAAAAAAAUUCAUAUAAAAAUAGUCUUAUAUAAAAUGAAUUAAAAAUCCAAAAAAAAUAAUUAAUAUAGUUAUUUGGAGAAUUCGGACUUAGGCUGCUUUUUUUAAGGUUUUGAUUUAUUAUAUUUAUAUAUAUUCUAAAAUUAAAAAAUAUUAAUAUAUGGACCUAUUUCAGAUAAUGCUGGAGGCAUGGUCGAAAUGAUUCACCUUAAGAAAGAAGUCAGACAAAGAACUGACGCUCUUGACGCAGCUGGUAAUACAACUGCUGCUAUUGGUAAAGGAUUCGCCAUUGGAAGCGCUGCUCUUGUGUCCUUAGCCUUAUUCGGUGCCUUUAUUACCAGAUCAAAUAUGACUGAAGUCAAUAUUUUGGCCCCUCUUCAAUUCGCAGGACUUCUUGUCGGAGCUAUGCUGCCAUAUGCAUUUUCCGCAUUCACAAUGAAAUCUGUAGGAAAAGCUGCAAACCAAAUGGUUAUUGAGGUCAGAAGACAGUUCCAAGAAAUGAAGAGAAACCCACACUAUGCUCCUGAAUACGAAAAAUGUGUUCAGAUUUCUACUAGAGCUGCACUUAAAGAAAUGAUUUUACCUGGCAUGAUGGUCAUGCUUACUCCAAUUAUUACUGGAUGGCUAUUCGGUCCAAGAGCUGUUGCUGGUUUACUAGCAGGAAUUUUGGUUUCAGGAGUCCAAAUGGCUACAAGCAGUGCCAAUGCUGGAGGCGCUUGGGAUAACGCUAAGAAGUAUAUUGAAAAAGAAAGCUUAGUUCCUAAAUCAAGCCCUCAAUUCAAAGACAUUAAAGCAGCCGCUGUCACUGGAGACACAGUAGGAGAUCCAAUGAAAGACACCUCAGGACCAUCUCUGAAUAUUCUUGUCAAGCUCUCUGCCAUUCUUUCUCUUGUUUUCGGAGGAUUCUUUGCAUCUGACUGGGGUGGCAUCCUUAUUUCUUAA